AUGGAACCACCAAAUUUCUCAAUUCACAAUUGGGUUCGAUUUCAUUCAUAUGAAAACCAACUCAAAAACCCACUAUCACAAUCUCAAAGCGACGAAGACGACGACGGUGAAGAAGCUUUAUCUCUGUGCGAUCUGGCCAAUGGAAAACCUGCAACUGAUCAUCCCGGAAAACAAUUUUCCGACCAACACCAAGAAGAAGAGGAAGAAGACUUUGAUUUCAAUGGCGUCGGUUUUAAUUUGCUGGAAAAUCAAAUGUGCAGCGCGGAAGAGGUGUUUUUCCGAGGUCAAAUCCUGCCGUUUCGACACUCGGUUAGUUUACCAUCCGGGUUCAUGACCCAAACCCGAGACUCCGUCUCGUUUUCAAGAUCCGAAUCAGUGAGUCUUACCAGCAGUAGAAGCAGCAGCACUCGCAGUCACAAUUCAGGAACCAGUGGGAGUAACAGUCCGUCACUAUCCGAAUUCACCAGAUACAAAACCAUGAUCCGAAACCGAAACCGAAACCAGUUCCAUUCCCACCCGAGUCCUACACCACAGAUCCGAUCCAGGAGCUACCGUCAAUCCAACCCGAAACCAUCACCAAAAUGGAGCUUUUUACAGCUGGGUCUGUUGAAACCACAAGAAAUCGGGUUGGCGGAUCUAAAGAACCGGAGCCAAAGAAGCCUCGGAAGCAUGAAGGAUGAAAACAAGAAGAAGACGACGACGAAGCAUUUAUUGUUGUUUGGUGGGUGUAAAUGCUCUACAAAUACGAUUGAAAGUAGGGUUUCAUGGCCGAUUCCGAUGAUCAAACCAACAAGAUGGAAAGAAAAGGGAAUCUCAAAAGGAAGUGACGUUGGAAGGAGGAAAGAUGGCAUGGAGAGUCAUCGAACGUCUGAAUGGCUGGACCAGCUUUCCCUUCAAGAAACAUAG